AGCUUCGGGAAGUUUUCCGGACCGAUUCUUUCCGGUCAACCGUCGCCCCAAAACAAAAAACCAAACCCCCACCCCCCUCCUCUAUUGCCCCCAACCUUGUCGGAGGCGACUCGUUCCAUUUCCUUCCUUCGUCGUCUCUCGUCUGAUCUGAUCCUCCGCACAAGAGAGCGACGUGGUCUCCUUGCUAUUUCCUGCGAAUCCGACCAUCCUAACCACCCCCACGAAAGGGUUCUUUCUCUCUCUCUUCCUCCCCGAGAAGGAGGAGGAGGACACCAUCAUCAUCCAUUAUUAAUUCCAUUAGUAAUUGUUAGCUAUUAUUAUUAAUCGUCGAUGGAAGGGGACGGGGUGGCCGAGCAGCAGCAGCAGACAUCGUACACGUACUGGGUAAGGGAGGCGAGGGAGGACGCCGCCCCCCUUCCCGUCCCUCGCAAGCUCUCCGCCGACGACAUCUCCAAGCAACCCCAGUCCACCACCUUGGGCUCCGUCUGGAAUCAGGCUGGAACUUGGGAGGAGAAGAACCUUAAUUCAUGGGCCAGCAGUCGAAUAAAGGAGUUGCUUAGCUCUUUGGCUUCAUUGGAGUUUUCCAGUGGUAAAGCAUCCAUCGAUGAAGUGUCAAAAUGCUCAGGCGAUGCAUUCUUGAUCACUGUGCGUAACAAGAAGAGAGUGGGCUACACCUAUGAGUUGACUCUGAAAUUCAAAGCAGGGGAAUGGUUAAUCCAAGAGGAGAAGAAGAAGAUCAAAGGCCACUUGGAUAUUCCUGAAUUUUCAUUUGGUGAGCUUGACGACUUGCAGAUUGAGAUAAGGCUUAGUGAAGAGAAGGGCCUUGAAAUGGAGGAUAGUAUGCAGAUCUGCAAGGAUCUGAGGUUGUUUCUGACACCUAUACGUGAACAAUUACUAAAAUUUGAAGAAGAGCUGAAAGAUAGAUAAAGGGACGGGAAGCCUUUUUGCGGUGUCGGUCUUUUUGGUGCCAUCACUGCUGAUGCUAGCUCUUACCUGUGUGUAAUUUCUUGUUUGCAAUGGAACCUUAUCAUUUUCUAAUCUCGUGCUCAUGAUACGCCAAGCCCUUUAAACCUCGUAAGGGUACAUUUAUAAAAUUUCAUAUUAUGUGCUUGUUUGUAACCUCUAGUUCCCGUAGUGUGUCUCUAAGUGGAAGUUUACUUCAAUUAAAAUGUUUUCUUGAUGAUUGUGAACUUAUAAUCUUAUGGAAGUCCGUAUCAUGGUAGGCAUCA